AUGGAGGCCAUCGCCAAGUUUGACUUCACCGCCUCAGGAGAGGAUGAACUGAGCUUCCACACGGGCGAUGUCCUGAAGAUCUUAAGUAACCAAGACGAGUGGUUCCGAGCAGAACUCGGCAGCCAAGAAGGAUACGUGCCCAAGAAUUUUAUAGAUAUCCAGAUUCCCGAAUGGUUUCACGAAGACCUCUCCCGACAUCAAGCUGAGAACUUACUCAUGAGCAAGGAGGUCGGGUUCUUUAUCAUCCGGGCCAGCCAAAGUUCCCCGGGGGAGUUCUCCAUCUCAGUCAGGCACGAGGAUGAUGUUCAGCACUUCAAGGUCAUGAGGGACAACAAGGGACACUACUUCCUGUGGACUGAGAAAUUCCCAUCUCUCAACAAGCUGGUGGCCUACUACAAGACCACGUCCAUCUCCAGACAGAAGCAGGUCUUUCUUCGGGACAAAAGCCAGGAGGACAAGGGUCCUCGGGGCAGCAGCCUGGACCGGAGGCAGCUGGGAGGCCCACACCACAAGGGCGCAUCGAGCGAGGAAGUCCGGCCAUCCAUGCACAGGAAGUUGUCGGACCAGCCUGCAGCUAGCCCUGCCCAACACAACUCAGGGCCACCACCCCCGCACCAGCGCUACCUGCAGCACCCCCAUUUUCACCAGGAACGCCGAGGAGGCAGCCUUGACAUCCAUGAUGGCCAUGCAGGCCUGGGCCCACCUAGCGAGAUGAACACGGCGCUUAUGCAACGCAGACACACGGACCCAGUGCAGCUGCAGAUGGCCGGGCGAGUGCGGUGGGCCCGGGCACUGUACGACUUCGAGGCUAUGGAAGUUGAUGAGUUGGGCCUGCGCUGUGGCGAGGUGGUGGAGGUUCUGGACAGCUCCAACCCAUCCUGGUGGACCGGCCGCCUUCAUAACAAGCUGGGUCUCUUCCCUGCCAACUACGUGGCCCCCCUGAGCCGAUGAGGACCCCGAGGGGUGAAUGGGCCGGAGUCUGGUGGGUCGGAGCUCUGCAGAUGCACAUGUGUAAAUGGGGGCAAGUGGACACUGGUGACCUGCAACAUCG